AUGAUGGAGCUGCUGACUGGAGAGGUUCCUGUAAGGUGUCAGGAUGUGGCGAUCUAUUUCUCCAUAGAGGAGUGGGAGUAUGUAGAAGGACACAAUGAUCUGUACAAGGAGGCCAUGAUGGAGGAUCCCCUGCCUCUGACAUCACCAGAUGGACUCAUAGAAAGAAACCCCCCCGAGAGAUGUCCCCGUCCUCUGUAUUCCCAGGACUGUCCAGAGGAGAAGCUCCCAGAGAACCAUCACGAUGAAAAUCGGAUGGAUAUUAAGGUUGAGGUUAAAGAGGAUGAUGAUGAUGAUGAAGAAGAUAUGGAUUUAUGGGGCGCUCAUCAGUAUGGACUCAUAGAAGGAAAUCCCCCCGAGAGAUGUCCCCGUCCUCUGUAUUCCCAGGACUGUCCAGAGGAGAAGCUCCCAGAGAACCAUCAGAUGACAAAUCAGGGGGAAGAUGUGACUGAUAUUAAAGUGGAGGAUGAAGAAGAGCGGAUGAUGGGCGAUCCCCCAUGUAAGACUGAGGUGGAGGAGGACAUUCCAGUCCAUGUGACCACAGAAAAUCCCAGUAAGAACUCUGAGGGAAACUUCAUCUUAUCACUAAAUUAUAAAGGAGAAGAUGAAGAUAUCGGGCAUGGCUCUUCAGGAGAAAACCUCAUUACCUGUAAUGUCCAUCCAGGACUUCACAGACCAGAUCUUUCAUAUAAUGCUCCUAAUCAUAAGGAACCUUCUCCUGACCAAUCACAGAUUGUUAUCACAAGUACCGGUCCCAAAGAGGCUACACAUUUUCAGUGUGGGGAAUGUGGAAAACAGUUUACAAACAUCUCAGGUCUAAAUGGACACAAAAGAAGUCACACAGUAGAGACGUCGUAUUCAUGUUCAGAAUGCGGCAAAUGUUUUACAAAUAAGUCAAGACUUUUUAGACAUCAGGUAAUUCACACAGGGGAGAAACCAUUUUCAUGUUCUGAAUGUGGGAAAUGUUUUGGACAUAAAUCAGAUCUUGCUAAACAUCAGAGAGUUCACACAGGAGAGAAGCCGUAUCCAUGUUCAAAAUGUGAGAAAGGUUUUAUAUAUAAAUCACAGCUUACUGAUCAUGAGAGAAGUCACAAAGGAGAGAAGCCGUAUUCAUGUUCAGAAUGUGGGAAAGGUUUUAAAUAUAAAUCAAAUCUUGCUGAUCAUGAGAGAAGGCACAAAGUAGAGAAGCCAUAUUCAUGUUCAGAAUGUGGGAAAGGUUUUAUAUAUGAAUCACUGCUUGUUGAUCAUGAGAGAAAUCACACAGGAGAGAUGCCGUAUUCAUGUGCAGAAUGUGGGAAAUGUUUUCUUUAUAAAGGGAGCCUCAAGGUGCAUCAGAGAAGUCACACAGAAGAAAAAACAUUUAUAUGCUCCAAAUGUGGUGACUGUUUUUCAAAAAUGUCAAGUCUCACUACACAUGAGAAAGUUCACACAGGAGAGAAGCCAUUUUGAUUUUCUUCAUGUGAAAAAGAAAAACAGAAUUUGAAACUUAUCAGAGAAUUCACACAUAGAAGAAACGAAAUUCUUGUUUGGAAUGUGGAAGUGUUUUCAUGCAUUAAACAGCCGAUAUGAGAGUCUAUUUUUCUGUGGAAUUACCCUGGGUCUGCCAAAGACCCAAAUUAUAUUACCCUGAGGUCUACAGUG